AUGGUGCGGGACGGCAUGGUGCGGGACGGCAUGGUGCAGGGCGGCUUGCCUGUGUUCCAGCUUCUUCCCACUGCUCUAGCCUGUGUUCCAGCUUCUUCCUUCUGCUCCUGUCUGUGUUCCAGCUUCUUCCCUCUGCUCCAGCCUGUGUUCCAGCUUCUUCCCACUGCUCCAGCCUGUGUUCCAGCUUCUUCCCUCUGCUCCUGUCUGUGUUCUAGCUUCUUCCCUCUGCUCCUCUUCUUCCUCCUGCUCCUGUCAGUGUUCCAGCUUCUUCCCUCUGCUCCAGUCAGUGUUCCAGCUUCUUCCUCCUGCUCCUGUCAGUGUUCCAGCUUCUUCCCUCUGCUCCUCUUCUUCCUCCUGCUCCUGUCUGUGUUCCAGCUUCUUCCCUCUGCUCCAGUCAGUGUUCCAGCUUCUUCCUUCUGCUCCUGUCUGUGUUCCAGCUUCUUCCCACUGCUCCUGUCUGUGUUUCAGCUUCUUCCUUCUGCUCCAGUCUGUGUUCCAGCUUCUUCCUUCUGCUCCAGUCUGUGUUCCAGCUUCUUCCCUCUGCUCCUGUCUGUGUUCCAGCUUCUUCCCUCUGCUCCAGUCUGUGUUCCAGCUUCUUCCUUCUGCUCCUGUCUGUGUUCCAGCUUCUUCCCUCUGUUCCAGCUUCUUCCCACUGCUCCUCUCUGUGUUCCAGCUUCUUCCCUCUGCUCCAGUCUGUGUUCCAGCUUCUUCCCACUGCUCCUGUCUGUGUUCCAGCUUCUUCCCUCUGCUCCUGUCUGUGUUCCAGCUUCUUCCCUCUGCUCCUGUCUGUGUUCUAGCUUCUUCCCUCUGCUCCAGUCUGUGUUCCAGCUUCUUCCCACUGCUCCAGCCUGUGUUCCAGCUUCUUCCCUCUGCUCCUGUCUGUGUUCUAGCUUCUUCCCUCUGCUCCUGUCUGUGUUCUAG